AUGGCGAGCUCUACCAAGCAGCAGCAGCUGCUGCUGCAGAGGAAGGGGAAGGCCGCGGCCGCGGCCGAGAAGGGCGCGCCAGCUGCUGCCGAGAAGGUGGUGGUGGCCGUGCGUGCGGCCAUACGGGAGAUCUCCAAGACGGCCAUCGUCUGGGCCUUGACGCACGUCGUGCAGCCCGGCGGCAGCAUCAUACUCCUCGUUGUCAUCCCCGCGCAAAGCUCUGGAAGGAAGUUCUGGGGUUUUCCGCUAUUUGCGGGAGAUUGCGCAAGUGGCCAUAAAACCAUGUUGGAUCAAAAGUCUGAUAUCUCCGAGCUGUGUUCGCAGAUGAUGCUCAAACUUCAUGAUGUUUAUGAUCCAAGCAAGAUAAAUGUGAAGGUUAAGCUUGUAUCUGGAUCUCCUCCUGGUGUUGUAGCUGCUGAGUCUAAGCGAGCACAAGCAAGCUGGGUUGUGCUAGACAAGGAGUUGAAGCAUGAAGAGAAGCGUUGCGUCGAAGAGUUACAGUGCAACAUUGUUGUCAUGAAGCGUUCUCAGCCUAAAGUUCUACGGUUGAAUCUUGUGGGAUCUCCCGAUAAAGAGUCCAAAGGACCCUGCUCACUUCCACCAGUGUUGGAUAGUCCUGCUGCUAAAACAGCAACUGAUGUAAAAGAGCCGCGGAGUUCAGUUCGAGGACCAGCUGUGACACCAAGUAGCAGCCCAGACUUAGCGACGCCUUUUGGAAGCACUGAAGCAGGAACAUCUUCUGUCUCAAGUUCAGAUCCAGGGACUUCCCCGUUUUGUGCUUCUGAAACAACAACUGGCUCUUUGAAAAAAGAGGUACAAACAACAAAGGAUAAGAUCCAGCAUUCAGAUGUCAAUAUUUCUGAUACUGACAGUGAAACAUUGAGUCCCUCAGCAGCCUUCUCGCUUCAGCCUUGGAUGGUGGACAUUUUACAGGGAUCUGUAUCCGCAAGAUCACUUGGAAAACCUCCACGAAAAAUCCGCACUGCAACAGCAGAUACUCUGCUUGAGAAGAUCUCGAAGUUGGAUCUUUUGAAUGAAAUAAGUUCUAUGAGGAGCAGAUCAGACUUAAAUUUCCGAGGAAAUGUCAGGGAUGCUGUCUCAUUAGUCAGGAAUGCAGCUCCUGGGCCACCUCCGUUGUGUUCAAUAUGUCAGCACAAAGCACCUGUGUUUGGAAAACCUCCUAGGUGGUUUAGUUACGCUGAACUCGAACUUGCAACUGGUGGUUUCUCUGAGGCAAAUUUCUUGGCUGAAGGUGGAUUUGGAUCUGUUCAUCGAGGCGUUCUUCCUGAUGGUCAGGCAAUUGCUGUCAAGCAACAUAAGCUUGCUAGUUCCCAGGGUGAUGUGGAAUUUUGCUCAGAGGUGGAAGUUCUGAGUUGUGCACAACACCGUAAUGUUGUAAUGCUGAUUGGGUUUUGUGUUGAGGAAAGGAGGCGUUUACUUGUUUAUGAGUACAUCUGCAAUGGAUCCUUGGAUACACAUCUUUAUGGCCGCAAUAAUAAAGAAACAUUGGAAUGGGCAGCUAGACAAAAGAUUGCUGUUGGUGCUGCGCGAGGGUUGCGGUAUCUACACGAGGAAUGCAGAGUUGGCUGUAUAAUCCAUCGUGACAUGAGACCAAACAACAUCCUUGUCACACAUGAUUUUGAACCUCUGGUUGGAGAUUUUGGUCUGGCACGAUGGCAGCCUGAUGGAGACAUGGGUGUUGAUACAAGAGUCAUCGGCACAUUUGGUUAUCUGGCACCAGAGUAUGCGCAGAGUGGACAAAUAACAGAGAAGGCGGAUGUGUACAGUUUUGGGGUUGUGUUAGUUGAACUUGUCACUGGGCGCAAGGCUGUUGACAUUAACCGACCGAAGGGCCAGCAGUUUCUAACUGAAUGGGCGCGCCAUCUCUUGGAGGAGCAUGCAGUCGAUGAGCUCAUAGACCCACGCUUGGGGGACCGCUACAGCGAAAAUGAGGUCCGUUGCAUGUUGCAUGCAGCAAACCUGUGCAUACGACGUGAUCCCCAUUCAAGGCCUCGCAUGUCUCAUGUUCUUCGUUUGCUAGAGGGUGACAUGGUUGUGGAUUCUGUCUCUGUUUCGGCCCCGAGUAGUGAUUCUGGGAGCAGGAGCUGGCGAAUGGCAAAUGAUCAGCCGCAUUAUCAGGGCUACAGCAGCCCAGCUCGGAGAGAUUCGCAUCGAGUGGUUGAUAGAAAACAACCGUACGAGUCUUUGAGGGCUUCCUGGGACAGAGACAAGAAGAGCAUCUCUAACAGAUACUAAUGUUCUUCCCCAGACGAAAUCCGAAAUUUCUAGCAACCCAAUUAUGUAUUAUUCCCUCACCCAUUCUCCCAGCCCCUCUACUCUGGGAGCAAUCGUAGGUCCAAAGCUUUUGCUGCUACCUUGUCCUGGUGUACAGUAGAAAUACCAAUAGGUUUACAAGUAUAUUGAGCUCCGAGCUGGCUCUUCUUUUGUGUAUCAAUCGAGGAAGUGUGAUAUUGAGCUCCGAGUUAGCUCUUCUUUUGUGUAUCAAUUAGAUCGAGGAAAUGUGAUCUGAAAUGUCAUUGCUGUGCGAAAAUCUCAGUGACUUCCACUA